AUGUCCACCCCACCGGGCACGGCUUCGGACCCCAUCUUCACCGACGCCCCGCCGCUCAGCGCUGGCGUCGCCUUCGUCAUCGGCGUGGCCGGCGCCGCCCUAGUGCUUGCGCAAACCGUGCUGCGCGCGUGGCGCCGCGUGUCGCUCUCGCAAACCCGCGGCCUGCUUCUCGCGCGCGUGCACCUGCUAGUGCUCGUGCUCGCCGCCGUCGCCGCCGCCUCGCUGCUCGGCUCGCAGCGCUUCUUCGCGGAUGACUCGCGCCCGCUCGGCGGCCUGCUCCCGCUCCUCGGCGUCCUCGCCCCCUUCGUCUUUCUCGCCCGCCGCCCCGACGCGACCACUUCCUCCGUCACCCGCCCGACCCGCACCAGGCUUCUCGACUGGCUCAUCCAGUCCCCAGUCAAUCUCCUGCUGCUGCUCCCGGGCCUCGCCUUGUCGGGGCUGUGCGUGUGGGGCAUGGUCGUCGCCGAAGCCUGGGAUGUGCUUGCGCUCGCCUUCUCAGCCUCGGUCGCGGUUCUCACUCGCGCCGACCCCGUUGUGUAUCGCGCGUGGGAUGGAGUUGGCGCCCGGUGGCAGUGGGGUCGUGUCCUGCCCAGUCCGGUGCGAAACGCCGCUUGGCGCUUCGUCAUAGGCCGCGUUGAGGAGCCUGGCGGCGUCGUCGGUGUUGAAGUCGAUGCUAUGGAGGUACCUGCUGCCGACACCGUCUUGCUUCAGGGAGCCCUAUUCGGAGAAAGCGUCCACCUGUCCGACCGCGCUCUGGCAAAGUCGAUGGCGACCCGCGGUGUGCUGGGCACUCUCCCGCUUUUCUACGAGUACGUGGAUCAAGUAUGGAGUCAUAUCAUACCUGACACAUCACGAGGUGGCGUCAAGGAAGGGGAGAAGAUUGACGAGACGGCAGCGAGCUGUUUCCUUCUCAUCGCUUCUCUUCUCCGGGAAGCGCUUGACGAUAACGCCCGCCUUGGCGCCGAUGUUUGGUUGUUGCUGGCCAUUUUUCGACAUCGCAUCAAUGAGAUUGCGGUUAACUACGUAAGUGCAUCUAAUCUGCGUCUUGCCCCGCUGCACUCUCGGAUUGCCAUGUCAGUGAGGGAGUUGUGGUCUGCUUUCGCCGGUCGUUCCCGUGAGUUACAGUCGCUGCCUGACGAUUCUACUGCAGAACAGGAUAUGAUGGGGCCCGAGACAGAUGGCUCUGUAGUUGUGGAGGUUGACACGAGCAAGGAGGCCAAUGAAGAAGGUGACAAUGCUACUGGGACAGCCAGGGAAGAAGGUGAAGAGAAUGGGGAUGAGAAGGAGACUGGAGAUGAAGUUGAAGAACAAGACGGAGAUGACCUGUUGCCGACAAAUAUCGCGGAUGGGGCGCUCACCGGGGGCCGAAAGCUUGCAAUGUGGCACGCGCUUGACGCAACAGAAAACCCGCCCGAGGUGGUCGAUACGGAAAUUUGGGCUUCAUGGAUCAUCACGUGCUUGCAAGACCUCUAUGACGCGACGUUGAAGACACUAGAAGCUUCACCAAGCGAAGUGAAUCGGGAGCAAGCCACACACAUGCCUGCCACAUUUAAGCUAUGGCUCGGGGAACCACUCGUCUUGGCGUUAGAAGGUGAGCUGGUAGAGGGGAUGAGCAGUGCUGCGCUUCAGGCAACGGAUAGUCUAUCCCAACCACUGCCUCGGCGUGAAAGAAAAGGGGAGAGUGAGAAGGGGAAAAAGGAAUCUAUUCUCGACGAAGCGACAGAAGUCGUCGCUGAAGAGGAGACCUUCACUUACAUAAUGCUAGCACUAGCCGGGGUAGAGGUUUCGGAAACUGCACAUUUCGGGGAGGGCGUGGAUGGGACGGGAUUCAUAGGCAUUGGAGGGGACGUAUCUCAGGGAGAGCUCAACGGGAGGUUGAAAGCACAGAAUAUGGCUUACAAAAUUAUGAUGGCACAGAACGCGUUGUGGGGUUACGUGGCGUUGGGACAGACAGCGUCAGCCUUGUUGGCGCGGAGCUAG